AUGAUUCUGUAUAUGGAGAUAAAUCUCAAACAAAGAUUGCUUUUAAAAUUAUUAAUAAAUAUGAACCUAUUCGUGAAUCAAAAAAGGCAGGUAGAAAAUACAUCGGGGGUGGUCCAAACGUUAUACUUACAAAGAAAAUGAAACCAGGAUUUUGGGUAGGAAUAGAUAAAAAAUUUUUGGUUAAAAAAGUCAGUGAGCAAUCUGAGGUAGGGAAGCUUGACAGUAAUACAGUAGUCUAUAGAUUAUAUCGAAUCCGAAAGCCAGAUGUCAAUCGAUUAAUACCUAUAAAAGAUAGAGCAUUUAACUGUGUAGCUCAACAAGUAAUAGAGCAUUUUGAUAAUACUAAGCGAGGGCAUGGACUCACAGAAAUUCGUCGGCAAAAAAUAAAUGAUUGGGAGAAAAAAAUGCGUAUUCCAGGUACUCAAGUACAAGAUGUAGCAGAGUUAGAAAAAAAUCUUAAACGACCGAUUAAAUUACUUGAUAUAACUUAUGAUACUAUAUUUAAUAGUGGAAAAUAUCGAUCAGGUAAGUAUGAAGAAAUCGGAAUAGUAGUUCAUAAUGGCCAUGCAUUUCCAAGAAACCAGCACUUCCCAAGAGAUCGAAUGGUCAAAUAUUAUAAGGGUGAUACAUGGGAAGCUAUCAAAGAUGGUCGCAUAUUUAGAACAUUGAAAAAGCAUACAGAAAUUAUAAAAGCAUGCAAACAACUGGUCAAUGAUACAAUAGAUUGGCAAUAUCAGGAAGGAAUAAUCAAUAAGGAAAAGAAAUCGAUUCUUUCAGAGUCUCUAAAAGUUAUUGAUUUAGCAGAGCAGGUAUUUGGUGCAAACCAUGCUAGAAGCCGACUCACUAAUGAAAUCAAUGAAUGGCAUCCAAUAUCUGGAAAAGUAAAUGAAAAUAUAAGGCAAGUCUGUGUCAAGCAUGGGCAUGGAGAAUGUACACCAUGGUUCAAUAGGUUCGGACAUCCAACACACUACCUUGUUCGAGUUGCGGUAAAUAGAGAAUUGUCAGAGGAUGAUAUCACUAGAUUUGCGCAAGUAAGAUCUUUUAAAUUUGCAUUAAAUAUACAUUCAGUGAUUCCCAUCUGGUACAGAAAACAUUUUGCAUAUCGAAGUGGAGAAGGAUGUGGGAAAGAAAAAGGAUGGGCACCUAUUGUACUUCUACAGUAUCUUCUUGAGGUUGGUAUUCUAGAAAGUGUGACUAUUGGAGAGGCAAUAAUUUCUCUUACUAAACAAACCAAA